CAGACAAUAAAAGAAAAAUUUGCAAAGAACACGGCAGCACCCAUUGCAAAAAAAAGUAUCAAAAGUGCUUUAUACACAUUUUUUCGCUCACCUAGUUCCUGUGAAAAGUGUGAAUCAUUCUGAUUUUAUCGAUAAGUUUAGUGAUUCAGCCAUCUGAGUAUUGUUGUCAUGGAAAACAUCAAUUCGCAGCUGGCACAUCUUUCUAUGAGGUCAGUGAGUGAUCCUCAAAAACAGCAACAAGCUCAAGGACAAAACAAGGCGGACUCACAACUAGAUGACCAGUUUCGUCCUCUUCCUGAUAGUGGACCAAAUGGUGUAAUUGUACCCGGAAUGGUAAUGAUGGGUAAGAAAGGGCCAGCAGUACCACCAAAACCGUCUAAAAAACCAGCUCCGUCCACUGUUCCGCCACAAGUUCCGAAAAGUUCUCAUGUUAAGCAGUAUUGUGAACCAUCUUAUUCUACAUUGCUGCAGGGACAAGCAGGGCAUGGGGGCGUAGAAGAACAUCCUUAUACUAACACCAACUUUGGCACUGGUGGGAUUGGGAAAAUGGUGGCUAGAAAAAUAACUUUGGACAACGCAGUUGAACUUCAGCAGCAGAAAGAAGCACUGGAGCACCACAAGCGAAUGAUGAAUGCCAAAACGCAAAGAGGCCAGGCAGACGGAGCAGUGUAUGAAAAUACUGCUACACGAUUUUACGAAGGAGAUGUAACAUAUGCCAAUAUCUCCGGCGGUCAGAAGAAUGGUGACGGAUUGAUUUACAGCAACAUCGUCCAUAAUAAUGGAACUAAACCAUUUACACAGAGACAGAUUUCGGAUGAACUUCCUCCUCCACCUGUUCAAGACGUGCAAGCGCCAUUAACAUUGAAUGAAUUAACAUUGGAAGAUAACGAUGACGAAUUCCCACCUCCACCGAGUCCGGUAAGUUCUUCGUAUAGUGAAUUGAGAAGAGCGACUGAUUUGCCUCCGAUGAGUCGCCAGCCACAGCCUACCUAUAACAUGGUUGGUCCUGGUGCCGGUGGUCAAACGUACAGUAACAUUUCUCAAAACAAUCAGAUUUAUGCCAAUAACAUGCAUCAUCACUCGCUAUAUGGUACCUAUGGGAUGGGCUCGCAAGGAUCCACUUAUGAGUCAAUAUAUGAACCCAUCAAUCCACGUCCCACCAGCCAAAUGUCCGGAAGAUCAAACUAUUCUCUGUACACACCGUACGUAAACUCUCGUGGAAUCAAUAGUCCGAACGAUAGCUUAAUCACUAGUGCUUCUAACCAGCAUCAUCGUAAUCACCCACAGAAAGAAUCGGAAGUGGAUACACUCACUGAUUUACUCGUUCAAUCGAUGGAUAAUGUAUCUGAUCCUGACACUUACGGCACAUGUGUAAAAUGCGGAGAUCGCGUUGUUGGGGAAAACAAUGGUUGUACAGCAAUGGAUCAAAUUUACCAUAUAGCAUGUUUCACUUGCCAGCAAUGCCAAAUUAAUCUUCAGGGUAAGCCUUUCUACGCUUUGGAUGGCAAUCCUUACUGCGAGGAAGACUACUUGAAUACAUUGGAAAAAUGCUCUGUCUGUUUGAAACCUAUUCUGGAGCGAAUUCUUAGAGCUACAGGAAAACCGUAUCAUCCGCAAUGCUUCACUUGCAUCGUUUGUGGCAAAUCAUUGGACGGUAUUCCUUUUACCGUUGAUGCAACCAAUCAAAUUCAUUGUAUUGAGGACUUCCACAAAAAGUUCGCGCCAAGAUGUUGCGUUUGCAGUAAUCCGAUUAUGCCAGAACCAGGCCAGGAUGAGACAAUUCGUGUGGUGGCUUUGGACCGUAGCUUCCAUAUCAAUUGUUAUAAGUGUGAGGAUUGUGGAUUGCUGCUGUCAUCGGAGGCAGAAGGGCGCGGUUGCUACCCAUUGGAUGACCACAUAUACUGCAAAAGUUGCAACGCCAAGAGGGUUCAGGCUUUGACCAGCCAUAUGACGACGGAGCUGUAAAUUGAAAACGGAGACCAUCCGACCACCUUUGGCCGGAUACAGGUGUCAUCACUGCCGUUUCUAGAUGCUAGAAGGGCAGCUUAAUCCACUAAAAGCGAUUUCACAUUCUCAAGUGAAUUAGUCAGUUUGUCACUCAGAUAAGAAUAAUCGUGGUAGAAAUUAGGUAAAUAAAAAUGACGAAACAAUGUUGUUAUCAUUCCGGCUGUUGAUAUAGUUAUAGGUUGAUUGAGUCGAUAAAGAUCCACUGAAACUUUUUAUUCAAUCUCGUGGUAUAGAUGCACAAUUUAUUCUAUUAUAGCACAUUUAAUUAUCAUUUUAAAAAUAUUUCAGAUGCAUUUAAAAAUAAAACUAUCUUCAGCAUAUUCCUUCCUAGUUGUAAUUGUGCAGACAAGCAUUCCAACACUGACGAUGUUAAUUAGGUGAAUGAAACGAAAUGAUAAGAAAAGUACAUUAUGGAUACAAUGAACAUUGCCAAUACUAUAUAAGGGUUUGAAUUUAUGCUAUUUCUUAUUAAUAAAGGGGUAUAAAAGAAUUAUAUAACUAUUGCAUUUUUAAAGUAGUGACAAUUUGGAGAAAUCCAAGGAAAUUCAAAUAUAAAUAGAUUAGAAUAGUUGUGUGUAAUUACUGGAAAUAUAAUAUUCAAUAAAAGGUGUACAUAAAA